CGCGACUUUCACCUGUAGGGGUUUUCGAUGCAGGAGUUUGGGGUUGCCUCUAUCCCGUCGUCGGUGUUUUAUAGUGAGAAGAAUGCGCAUCUUGGGGGAAAUUACCUCCGGUUCGCGGUUUUUAAGGAGGAUUCGCUGCUUGAUUUGGCGAAGGAACGGCUGCGUGGCCUGAAGAGAUAUAUCUAUGUGAGCGGGAAGUCUUGUUAAUCGUUAUUUCUGCUGUUUGUUUUGCGAAAGGGAUCCUUGUCUAAAAUAAAUGAAUAAGUGAUGAAAAGGGGUAUAAGACCAAAGAGAGAGAGGAAUACACAGAGAAAUGGAUGUCCUUUUAA